UCCUCCACCGCUGCCGCCUCCUUCUGCCGCUCCUGGUGCUGCUUGUGUGCUCGUUCGGUGCGGACCUGGUACCUCUUUUGUGAAGCGGCAGCUGAGGAGACUCCGGCGUUCGCUAUGGCCGACGAAAAGCCCAAGGAAGGAGUCAAGACUGAGAACAACGAUCAUAUUAAUUUGAAGGUGGCGGGGCAGGAUGGUUCUGUGGUGCAGUUUAAGAUUAAGAGGCAUACACCACUUAGUAAACUAAUGAAAGCCUAUUGUGAACGACAGGGUUUGUCAAUGAGGCAGAUCAGAUUCCGAUUUGACGGGCAGCCAAUCAAUGAAACAGACACACCUGCACAGUUGGAAAUGGAGGAUGAAGAUACAAUUGAUGUGUUCCAGCAGCAGACAGGAGGUGUCUAUUAAAAAGGGAAUCUGCUACUUUACUCCAGAGCUCUUCCUCCAGACCAAGACAUUCUCAAUUAGAAAACUGCAAUUUGGUUCCACCACAUCCUGACUACUACAGUAUAGUUUUCUCUAUUCUUUCAUUUUCCCCUUCCCCAUUCCUUUAUUGUACAUAAAGUAACUGGUGUAUGUGCACAAGCAUAUUGCAUUUUUUUUUUUUUAACUAAAUGGCCAAUGGUAUGUUUUGAUUGACAUCAAAUGGAGAUGGGAUAGGGAAAAAUACUGGUUCUGUGAAAAUACCCCCUUUCUCCAUUAGUGGCAUGCUCAUUCAGCUCUUAUCUUUAUAUUCCAGUAAGUUAUUUUGCUCUCACUGUUUAACAGAAAAAGAACAGCGUAAAAAUCCUUGCAUACCUUGUUCGAUUGGAGAAUUUUAAUGUUUUUCAUUUAUCAUUGUAAAACCAAGGACAAUUUUAUAACUUUUUUGUACGUAGCUGUUACAUGUAGGGCAAUCUGUCUUUAAGUAGGGAUAAAUUACUCUAAAAGAAAUGAAUCCUAGAUAGUUUUCCCUUCAAGUCAAGCGUCUUGUUGUUUAAAUAAACUUCUUGUUUAAAAUGAGCUGUUUUCUUUAUUCUGAGGAAUAUUAAAUAGAAAGUUGAAGCUCAGAAAAAAACAUGACAUUAAUAGGCCUGCUAGAAGUAACAUUUCAAGGAAGUAAUAAAGCUACUUUGCACCUCUGACAGACUGAUACAAGACAAAGGAUAACAAAGUUAUAUAGAUGACUAGCAAUGGAUGUUUCAGCCUCUUUGUUCAAAAAGCUUAGGCAGUUCCACAUAUGCAACUUGACUAGCAAAAAAAUUGCGUCACAAUGUUGUGGAUUGACUUCCAAGUAUUCUUUUCUGUAACCGCUACCUGAGGCGGAGUGACUUAGUACAUGCAGCUUGGAAGAAGUUCUGAUUUUGCUAACUCUGCUGAUAAAUCACAACCAUUUUAACCUUGGCUUUGAUGAGUUAAUACUCCCUAGCCUAAAAUAGAAUAUUUUUUUCCUUAUUUGAGCAUGUUGAGGGACAGAAGAUGUUUGUCAACAUGAUAUCCAUUCUUAGAGCCUUAAAUAUGCAGGCACUCCCGUUUUUAAAUUCAAUUGUAUGGAGAAAGAUAACUGUAGAAGCAAUAGAAUAUUAGUGCUGGAAAGAUAUGUAAAGAUUACCUAAUUCUAACCCCUAUUUUAGACAUAAGGAAGCUGAGGUUCAGAGGAUUGUUAUUUGUCACAUAGCUAGAUGGUUAUAAAACUGGGAUUAGAGAUUAAGUUUCCUGAUGUCUGUUAAUUGAGUUCUCCUGUAUUGGUUCUCAAGAAACCAAAUUCCCAUCCCUACUACCUACCAAUGUGGCCUUUUUGGAUCAAAUUUCCAUGUACUAUAAUGCCUUGUCACUCAAUUCACUCUACUUCUAGCAAUAUGGUCUUUUUUACAUUUGUCAUUUCUAUAGUGAAUAAGCUGCUCCAGAGACGGCAGGAAGUUCAUAGAUUUUUGGCUCUGUAUGUGUAAGAGUUAAUCUUGAAUCAACUGAACUUUUAUUUUCCUGUAUGUGUAGUGCUACCAAGCUAUCUUUACAGUUUAUAUUGUGAAACACUGUGAGAAGCCUGCCCCCAAGAAUUCUUAGAAGAGAUCAGUGAACUGCGGUCUGAAAAUAUUAAAUGGAAAAUUCCAGAAAUAAACAAUUUGUAAGUUUUAAAUGGACAUCCAUUCUGAGUAGCGUGAGGAAAUCUUGUUCCAUCCUGCCCCGGACUUGAAUCAUCCCUUUGUUGGAACCCCAACCAUUGACAUCUACUUCUAACAUCUAACCAUUGGCAUCAUCAUCGCGUAAUAAUCUACCUUCUGACGUAUCAUCAUCAGGUCAAUAGUAGUCUAAUGCUGUCUCACAAUGCCUACAUCAUUCACCUCACUUCAUCUCAUCACGUAGGUAUUCUAUCUCACAUCAUCACAAGAAGAACGGUGAGUAUAGUACAAUAAGAUAUCUUGAGAGAAAGACUACAAACGUUACUUUUAUUACAGGAUAUUAUUAUAAUUGUUCUAUUUUGUUAUUAGUUAUUCUUAAUCUCGUACUGUGCCUAGUUUAUAAAUUAAACUUUAUCAUAGGUACGUAUGUAUAGGAAAAAACAUAGUUAUAUAUAGGGUUCAGUACUAUCCAUGGUUUCAGGCAUCCACCGGGGGUCUUGGAACGUAUCCCCCGAGGGUUAGAGGGGACUACUGUAUUAUAUUAUUAGGCACAAGUGGUGAAGAACAACUUCCAGAUUAUUCUGAGUAAGUUGUACAUUGCAUUCUUAAAUAAAACUCUCCACACACUCAGCAACAAAUUUAAAAGCCAACAGGAUUCCUGUCCAUAUUAAAAGGAAAAUUAUUAGAGCUUUCAACUUUUUCUGACAUCUUUUAAAUAGUAAAGAUUUCUUGCUACCUGCUUCAGAACAACAGAUUGUGUUCUGAGGAAAUUCUGAGACUAUUGGGUUUACAAAAACCUGUUGGGAAAGCUGAUUACUAGGCUUUCUGAAUUGAAUUAUAAACAGAAGACCAGUACUUUGAAUAUAGUAGAGAAGUGGCAGUGUGGGACUAAGGGAAAUUGAAGACCACUUAAUGCUUAAAGACAUGAAAAGUUAUAAAGAGUGUGGGCAACUUCUCAUUCUCCUCCCCUUAACUAUAUUUAGAAAGCAGGUGAAAACAGACAUGUGUGUAGGGCAGUGGUUUUAAAAUUUCAUCUUAUAGAACCCUGGGAUUGUAUGAAGAGAGGAGGACAGAGUGGAGAGAGAGGCCAGCAAAGGACAGGAGGAGACAGAGAGGGCCAGGAUUUGGGAUCCUCUGCCCAGUUUUAGUCACAGCUGCUCUGUUAAUCUAUUUUAUAUCUUUGGAUUCUGCUUCAUAAAUGUUUGAAAAACACUGCUAUAGGUCAUGAAAUAGCUGUUAGCCCAUUCCUUGUCAUAAGAUUUCAUCUGUCUUUUAUUUCUUUAGAUUUUUAGGUUAACCUGAGAAUUUGGAACAAAUUGUGUAUUGAUAUAGAAUCCUAGAUACAUAUUAUAAGAGUCAUAAUGAUGGCCCUUUGUGAUUUUAAAACCAGGUGUUCACAUUGCCUCAUCCUUUUGCAUCUUUUGAUCCUGAUCUGUGUUGAUCUUUUGGACAAAAUGUAAUUCUAGUAAUGUCCCGUUUUCAACUGAGUUGGUCAUCUGGAACAAAGGUUAAGGCAGAGCUACAUAUCAUAUCUGUUUUACCCCAAAUCUGCAUCUUGCAGCAGAAAGUGGAGUACAGUGAUUUCAGUCAAAACUGUUACAGUACAUGAACAAGUAAAUAGGAGGGCUAGUUAUUCUGGAAAUUUCUGUCAGUUAUACUUUAAAAUACAGUGAAUAUGCCAAACAGGCUUGCCUAAGACGGUCUUAAUCAGAUGUCUGUUUUACAUAAAUUUACUCUUCAUAAAUCAGAUUAGGUUAAAAAAAGAGUUUUCCUGGGACUGAUUCCUUCCUUACCUUUGAAGUAGAGGUUCUCAGCCCAAGCUAUAUGUGAGAAUUACCUGUUAAACUUCUUAAAGAUAUCUGUGACUGGACCCAGAAUUUCCAAUUCAGUAGAUCUUGGAUGGAACCUGGCAUUCAUUUGUAUUCAUUAAAAGUUCAUGGGUUAUUCUCAUGUACAACAUUCUUAGAAUUAUCGCGUUCUAACCCUCACAACAACUCAGAAUAGGUGCUGUUAACCCCAUUUUACAGAUGAGGAAAGUGGGCUCAAGGGCAUAAAUGACCUAGAAAUGUCUUACAUUGGGACGGAGUGGAACUAGAACCUAGGCUUUUUGAUUUCCAGUCCAGUGCUGUAUUGCCACACCAUCCUGUCUUCUACUAGACGACAGAGAAGGGAGGAAAUAAGGCAAGUCAAGUACAAAUUCAAAAGUGUAGGUCAAAAGGGACCCUAAGAGUCAAGUCCAAACUCCUAAUUUAACAUAGGAAAGACAAUUUCAGAUUGUUUAAA